AUAAGCCGGACACCGGCGGAUGUCUCUAUGCCGGGCUCGGGCCUUGCGUAACCAACUCUCUUGCGGGUGCAAAGCAGCUUCCUGCCCAGAUCAACACCUCUUUAUUGUCAGUCUGUUUACUUGCGAAGACACUCAGACACUGGACCGUUGGAUGUCAACCAAAAGAACGUGAUACAGAGCAACCACAGAUCCCGAUGGCGCCCGUUUACAAAUUUGCGGUUAUCCAGCUUCAGCCGAAGGAUGUCGCCGUCGAGGACAACUUCAAGCGAGCCGAAGCCUUCAUCCGGCAAGCGGCAUCCGAAGGCGCGCACCUCGCCGUCCUGCCUGAAUAUCACCUAACCUCGUGGUGCCCGGACCACCCAGGCUUCAUCUCGGCCUGCGCCGAGUCAGCAACCUACCUCCCGCGCUACCAGGCCCUCGCGCGGGAGCUCAACAUCAGCAUCGUCCCCGGCACAAUCUGCGAGGUCCACCCCGCUCCUCCUCCUCCUCCUUCUUCUUCUUCCUCACUGAACCCACAAAGCAAAAACAAAAGCGACGACGACAACGACGACAAAGAAAUCCGCAACAUGGCCUACUGGAUCUCCCCCACGGGCUCCCUCAUCGCCUCCUACCAGAAACUCAACCUCUGGCACCCGGAACGGCCCCAUCUCACAGCGGGCAUCUCCCAGACCACGCCCCACAAGGCCUUCGACACGCCCCUCAGCUGGGGACCCGAGGAAAACGACCGGCCGAUCCGCGCCGGCAUGCUCAUCUGCUGGGACGUGGCAUUUCCCGAGGCGUUCCGCGCGCUGGUGGCCGACGGCGCCGAGCUGAUCGUCGUGCCCAGCUUCUGGCUGGUGGACGGGAGCGAUCUGGACGAGGAGCGGCGGGGGAUGAACCCGGAUUGUGAGAGCCUGUUUCUGAAUAAUGUCAUGGUUGCGCGGGCGUUUGAGAGCGAGAGCGUCGUGGUGUUCUGUAACGCCGGCGGGGUCAGCCAGGUUGUUGUGCCCGUGCUGGGGAGGGUAGCGGGUCCCGAGGGGGUGAAUGAGGAGGUCAUGAGGGUUGUGGAGGUGGACUUUAGGGCGGUGCCGGCGCUGGAGAAGGAGUAUAAGAUUAGGGCGGACAUGAUGGGGGAGAGGUGGCAUUAUUCUUAUGCCCAUGGGAGCGCGGUCGGGAGGAAGGGGGAGAAAUAAAUACAGGGGGUUGUUGUUGAGAGGCGGUUUCGUGGAGCCAAGUGCAUGGGCGACAGGAAGAGAGGCAACGUGAAAUAACUCAAAGGUAUUCGCUCUGCAAAGCUGGCAUGGCCCAUGGAAACAAUUCAAGACGUGGCGCAAGAUAUCGGCCACGUCAUAAAUUUGA